ACUUCGUGCGCAGACCACAGAAAUCAUAGAUUCGUCGCAGCAGUUCCACAGAGUACGCAGUGUCGAGCAGGAUGAAAAGUCUCUUCUUUGUCAUAGCAUCCCUGGCGGUGAUCGUCCUCGCGGAGGAAUGCAAACCGGUCACCGAUUGUAGAGGAUUGGGUAACAACUGCCAGUUACGCGAGGACAAGACAGGAUGCAAGACUUGUUUUUGUUCAGAUUCGUGCGCGGAUAUUUUCUGUGGGACUCAAUGCAGGAGAGUCCUGACCGAGGGACACUGCCCAUACUGUGACUGUCGACGCGGUAAACAAGUUUACAUCAAAGGUGUCAAACCGUUCCCGAGACCGGCCACAUUGAAACCCUACACGGAGCGCUUCGACAUAGAGAGAAAGGAGGAAUUCGACAAUUGAAGGACUCAUCCUGAACUCAAUGAAUCGCUUUCUUCUCCCUCAUCUACCGUGAUCAACGCCGUCGUAUCCUCUGAAUCUCCGGAUUCGUGGAUUGUGUGAAUUCUUGGAAUUGAGGAUCGACAUAUGCAUGUAUGCAUAUGCGUCAACGGACUCGAUGACGAGAGAUUUUCCCUCGAACGUUUUGUCAGAAAUCCGAAAAUUGUUCGCAGCUGAGUAUGGUUCCGGAGGGAUCAUCACCUUCUAUA